UUCCUGGUCAUGUUGUCACAAUGGUGCACCCAGACGCAUUCUCUCACCCUCCAAAAUCUCAAACCCAGGCAGAGGGGGAAGAAGGAGACGAAGGAGGAUUACAUAAAAAGCACACGGGGAUGCCUCGAAGCAGGACUGGAGUCCUUACUCAAAGCCUCCGGGAGUAACCUCUUGAUCCUACGGGUUUCCCACUGCCCCAACAUUUUGACGGAUCGUUCCCUCUGGCUGGCCAGCUGCUACUGCCGAGGUCUCCAAGCUGUCACCUAUCGGAGCUCCACCGAUCCCGUGGGGCAUGAAGUCAUCUGGGCCUUGGGAGCAGGCUGCCGAGAUAUCAUCUCUCUGCAGGUGGCACCCCUCCACCCUUGCCAGCAACCCACCAGGUUUAGCAACCGUUGCCUGCAGAUGAUUGGGCGUUGCUGGCCACACUUGAGAGCGCUGGGGGUCGGAGGAGCCGGCUGCGGCCUGCAGGGACUGGCUUCCUUAGCCCGCAACUGCAUGCGCCUUCAAGUGCUGGAGCUGGAUCACGUGGCGGAGGUCAACCAAGAGGUGGCGGCCGAGGUGUGUCGCGAAGGCUUGAAAGGCCUGGAGAUGCUGGUCCUCACGUCCACUCCGGUCACCCCGAAAGCCUUACUGCACUUCAACAGCGUUUGCCGGAACCUGAAGUCCAUUGUGGUCCAAGUCGGGAUUGCCGAUUACUUUAAGGAACCAAAUAGUUCGGAGGCCAAGAAAAUGUUUGAUGAAAUGAUCAACAAACUCCAGGCUUUGAAGAAGAGGCCGGGCUUCUCAAAAAUUUUACACAUUAAGGUGGAAUCCGGUUGCUAACCUUGGUGAGGGACGAGCCCGACCGACCGUCGCUUAACAUCCCGUUCCGAAAAGACUGUCCGGGAUUCCGAUGCCGGCUUCAGUUCCUCCUGAACUGGCUCCUU